CGGGACAAGAGGAAGUCAGUCCCUGCUCCCUGAGCCUGUGCCUCUCUGUCCCCAGCCCAGAGGAAGGGGGAAGCCAGGGGGGCCUGUUUGGGGGCCCAGCCCCCAAUCCCACCCAGAAGAGGAAGCCAAGGUCCAGGAGGCUGUGAUUGCUCCCUGGUCCUGGAGAGGAAACUGCAGCAAGAGAAAUCAGGGUUAGACACUAGGAAGACACAGGCAGAAGCUCCUGGAGAAGUGUUACCAAGCCUGCGAAGGGUCAGAUUUUCAGCUGAUGAAGAGCUAGGAGGCUCAAACACCAUCUUGCCUGGGUCUUGGAGAAGUGACUUGGGGUGCUCUUCUCGGCAGGGCCAGGUCUCUUUAGGGCAAAAUGGCGCAAGAUCUCAGUGAAAAGGAGCUACUGAAGAUGGAAGUGGAACAGCUAAAGAAAGAAGUGAAGAACACAAGAGUUCCGAUUUCCAAGACAGGAAAAGAUAUCAAGGAUUAUGUGGAGGCCCAGGCAGGGAACGACCCUCUUCUCAAAGGCGUCCCUGAGGACAAGAAUCCCUUCAGGGAGAAAGGCUCCUGCGCGAUAAGCUGAUGGCUCUGGGCACCUCCCCCUGCGUGUCUGUCCCUCCUCAGCCAGGACCCAAGUGUUCUGGGAACCCAGAAAACUAGUGAUUGUUCACCUUCUCUUGUCACAGACUCAGUAAAGAUACUUGAAUGAA